AUGUUAGAACUUGAGAGGAAACUCAGGGCAAACGACCGAGAAUACAACCUCUCCUUUAAAUAUGCUACGAAUGCCAUCAAGACCUCCAAGUAUAACUUUUUCACCUUCCUACCUCACAACCUCUUUGAGCAGUUCCAGAGGAUCGCUAACGCCUACUUUUUGUUCCUGCUGGUGCUCCAGGUAAUUCCUGAGAUCUCAUCGCUGUCCUGGUUCACCACUGUGGUACCUCUGGUGCUGGUUCUAUCCGUUACAGCCGCCAAGGAUGCCACUGAUGACAUCAAUCGCCACCGGAGCGACAAUCAAGUCAAUAACCGAAAAGUUCAAGUACUCAUCGAUGGAAAACUGCGUGGCGAGAAGUGGAUGGACGUACAGGUGGGAGACAUCAUCAAGCUGGAAAACAAUCAGUUUGUCACGGCUGACCUCCUCCUGCUGUCAAGCAGUGAACCGCUUAAUCUGGUCUACAUUGAGACGGCCGAAUUGGACGGUGAGACAAACCUGAAGGUGCGCCAGGCCCUGCCUGUGACCGGGGACCUCGGAGAUGACGUCAGCAAGCUGGCGGACUUUAAUGGUGAAGUCCACUGCGAGCCCCCCAACAAUCGGCUGGAUCGCUUCACAGGGACGCUGGCUUUCGCUGGGCAGAAAUACGCGCUGGACAAUGAAAAGAUCCUGCUGCGAGGAUGCACCCUAAGGAACACAGAGUGGUGUUUUGGACUGGUGCUCUUUGGAGGCCCUGAGACCAAGCUGAUGCAGAACUGCGGCAAGAGUACUUUUAAGAGGACCAGCGUGGAUCGUCUGAUGAAUGUCCUCGUCGUCUGUAUUUUUGGCUUCCUGGCGUUCAUGUGCACCAUCCUGGCCAUCGGAAACUAUUGCUGGGAGCUGGGCGAGGGCUCUGCGUUCACCGCCUUCCUGCCCAGGCAGAAGGACAGCGGCGCCGGCUUCUCCUCCUUCCUCACUUUCUGGUCCUACGUCAUCAUCCUUAACACCGUCGUGCCCAUUUCGCUCUAUGUCAGCGUGGAAUUCAUUCGCCUGGGCAACAGCUUCUACAUCGACUGGGACCGUAAGAUGUACUACUCUCGCAGCGACACCCCCGCCGAGGCCCGCACCACCACGCUGAAUGAGGAGCUGGGUCAAAUCAAGUAUGUGUUCAGUGAUAAGACGGGCACGCUGACGCAAAACAUUAUGACCUUCAACAAGUGCUCAAUCAACGGCAAGACAUACGGUGAGCUUAAUAAUGUGUUGUAUAUCUUCGAACAGCACACGGAGAUGGUGGAUUUCUCCUUCAACCCUCUGGCCGACCCCCGCUUCACCUUUCACGAUCAUGCCCUAGUGGAGGCUGUCAAACUGGAGACGACUGAGGUGCACGCCUUUUUCCGACUACUUGCCCUCUGCCACACAGUCAUGGCUGAGGAAAAGAAAGAAGGGGUGCUGUCCUACCAAGCCCAGUCUCCUGACGAGGGCGCUCUAGUCACAGCAGCGAGAAACUUUGGCUUUGUGUUCCGUUCGCGGACGCCGGACAGCGUCACCAUCGUGGAAAUGGGCCAGCAGCGCACUUAUAAACUUUUGGCCAUCCUGGAUUUCAACAACGUCCGCAAGAGGAUGUCUGUCAUUGUUCGUAGCCCUGAGGGUAAGCUGUCGCUGUACUGCAAGGGAGCGGACACCAUCAUCUACGAAAGGCUUCACCCCUCCUGCGCCAAAUUGAUGGACGUCACCACGGAGCAUCUCAAUGAGUUUGCAGGUGAAGGCCUGCGAACGCUGGCGCUGGCCUACAAAGACCUGGAUGAGGACUUUUUCCAUCAGUGGCUACAGCGCCACCACCAGGCCAGUACGGCUUUGGACGGGCGCGAGGGCAAAUUGGAGCAACUGUACGAGGAGAUCGAGACCGACCUGCUGUUGCUCGGGGCGACGGCAAUAGAAGACAAGCUGCAGGACGGAGUCCCGCAGACCAUUGAGCAGCUGGCUAAAGCCGACAUCAAAAUCUGGGUGCUGACAGGCGACAAACAAGAAACGGCCGAAAACAUCGGCUACUCUUGCAACCUGCUGCGUGAGGAAAUGAACGACGUGUUUGUCAUUUCCGGCAGCUCGGCAGAAGACGUCAGGCAGGAGCUUAGAAACGCACGCACCUCCAUGAAACCGGACGCCGCUGAGGACAGUAUGUUUUUGCCAAAGAGGACUCUGGGUAAAAGAACGAAGGCGAUUACAGAUGAAGCGGUGAACGGCGAGUACGGCCUAGUCGUCAAUGGACACAGUCUGGCGUACGCACUGGACGGCAGCAUGGAGUUGGACUUCCUGCGGACAGCGUGCAUGUGCAAGGCGGUGAUCUGCUGCCGUGUGACGCCGCUGCAGAAGGCGCAAGUGGUUGAGCUGGUCAAGACAUACAAGCGCGCCGUCACACUGGCCAUCGGAGACGGCGCCAACGAUGUCAGCAUGAUUAAAGUGGCGCACAUCGGCGUGGGCAUUUCAGGCCAGGAAGGCAUGCAGGCGGUGCUAUCCAGUGACUAUUCCUUCGCCCAGUUCCGUUUCCUGCAGCGCCUCUUACUGGUGCAUGGUCGCUGGUCCUACCUGCGCAUGUGCAAGUUUCUGCGCUACUUCUUCUACAAAAACUUCACCUUCACCUUUGUCCAUUUCUGGUACGCCUUCUUCUGUGGCUUCUCCGCGCAGACUGUCUAUGACGAAUGGUUUAUAACGCUAUACAAUCUGGUGUACACAGCGUUACCUGUACUGGGAAUGAGUCUCUUCGAUCAGGACGUGAACGACGCGUGGAGCUUCCAGCACCCCGAGUUGUACGUGCCGGGCCAGCUCAACCUGUAUUUCAGCAAGACGGCCUUCUUCAAGUGUGCACUGCACAGCUGUUACAGCUCCCUGGUGCUUUUCUUCAUCCCGUAUGCCGCCGUCAGCGAGGCGGCACGCGCUGACGGCCGUGACUUGGCUGACUACCAGUCCUUCGCCGUCCUCACACAGACCUGCCUGCUCUUUGCUGUCACCAUACAGCUGGGCUUGGAGAUGUCGUACUGGACGGCUGUCAACACCAUCUUUGUGGCGGGUAGCCUGGUCAUGUACUUUGCGGUCACCUUCACCAUGCACAGCAAUGGACUCUUCCUUCUGCUGCCGUCCGCCUUCUCCUUCGUAGGCACUGCGAGGAACUCCCUGAGCCAACCCAAUGUCUGGUUGACCAUCAUCCUCACCUCCAUUUUGUGCAUCCUUCCUGUGGUCAGCUAUCGCUUCCUGUUCAUCUUACUCCGCCCCACCAUCAAUGACAAGGUCAUGUUCAAGGUCCGACAGGCCAAGGCGUCGCCUCCCCCGCCUCCUCGUCGCACACGAAUCCGCCGCACUAGCUCGCGGCGUUCCGGCUACGCCUUCUCGCACGCGCAGGGCUACGGCGACCUAGUGACCUCAGGCCGCUUCCUGCGCCGACCUGCGCCGGCCCGCUCCUCAGGUUUCGCCCACACGGGGCGCGCCACAACGGGCUUCAGCCCCAUGGGCCGCUCAGCCGGGUACAGUCCGACGGGGCGCGCCCAGAACGCCAAGGUGCAGGAGGUGGAGGUGACUUCACUGCAAAUGUAUCGGACCAUCAGCGAUGCCGCUCUUUGA